AUGGGUGCGAACCGCGCAACAAUGCUUGCGCUCUUGGACAAGAUGAAGUCUCCCGAUGCCGACUUUCGGUAUAUGGCCUUGAACGAUUUGGCUUCGAGCAUCUCGCACGAGUCGUUCGUUUAUCAUCCUAUGGAUGAGACGGUAGAAGCAGCGACAGUUAAGGAGGUGUUGGAACUGCUGAUUGACAAAAAUGCAGAGGUAAAGAACCUCGCAGUGAAGACACUCGGCACGCUGUCGACCCGCGUGCGCGGAGGAAACUUCCAUGUGAUUAUCACGAGCCUUGGCGCGCUUGUGCGCGAGGACGAUGAGGAGCGCCGCGACAUUGCAUCGCUCGCCCUGCGCACGACCAUGGACGAGAUCGCUGCGGACGCAGCACUGAGUCAAGUCGCUGUGCAGAAUCUCGUGCCUGUGCUGGUGGCCCAGGUGCAGUCGUCCAACGUGAGCCAGGCACAGCAGACGAGUGCAAUGGAUGCGCUUUUGGAUGUGCUUGCACAUUUCCCCGAGGCCAUCGUGCAAGACCCUUCCAUGCAGACGUCCGUGCUCGAGACGCUGCUCGGCGUGCUGCACAGCCGUGCUGCACUGACCAAGCGCGCAAUCCAGGGACUGGGUAUGCUGAGUGUGGAAUGCGUGCCUGCUACCUACACCCAGGUUCUCGAGCGUGGCCUGGCCACGCUCCAAGGCGCGCCCCCUGCUGCGACGCGCACGGCCAUCCAACUGCUGGGCGUGUUGGCGCGCGAGACGCCUCUGCGCCUGCGCCCUGUAGCCGCUGCGCGUGCGCAGGAUGUGCUGCAUGUGCUACAUGCCGGCACGAACCUCGACCAGGACGACAGGGACGAGUUCCUCGAGUCGUGCCUGCAGACGCUUUCCUCGCUGCUCGUGCACGUCAUUACGCCUGGCUCGAUGGACUUGCACAACCUCGUCGAGCAGGUGCUUUCCUUGCUCAAGUACGAUCCCAAUGCAACCGACUACGAAGAGGAGGAAGAAGAGGAGGAGGAAGACGACGACCUUCUCGACGACGACUACUCGGACGACGACGACCUAUCCUGGAAAGUACGCCGCGCCUCGGGCAAGCUGCUUGCCGCGCUCUGCACAAACCAUCUCGAUGCGGUGCGCCCAAUGGCCUACACAAUUGCCAGUGCACUCGUCGCGCGCUUCAGCGAGCGCGAAGAAAGUGUGCGCUUGGAGGUACUGAGCACAUUUGCUCUCCUGCUCCAGCGCCUCGCAGAUGGCCCGGAGGUAAGCGGACACAAGCGCAAGCGCGACAAUGUCGAGCGUGCGGAGCGCGCCGCGCCUCUUUUGGACCUCUUGCCGCAUGCCGUACGCUCCCUCGGCCGCCAGGCCUGCACGGGUUCGCCGGUGACGCAGAUUGCGUGCCUCGACACCUUGGCACAGCUCGCCGCCGUGUUUGGCAAGGCCAUGGCGCCGCACCGUGAGCCGAUUCUCGUUGCCGUGCGCCGCAUUCUGUCUGGCAACCGCGAGGCAGUGGCGCAUGACCGGAGCCGUGCACUGGCCUGUGUGGCGCUCCUUCGGGAGCUCGCCAUGGCCGCGCCCGCCGAGCUAGCAGCCGAGCUUCCUUAUGUGGUGCAGGUGUAUGCGGAUGCGAUUGCAGCCAAGCACCACCGCACGGCGCUCGAAGCGCUUCGUGCCUCUGCGACGCUCUCCCAGAACGUGGUGCAGGCGCUUGGCGCACAAGCGGUGGUGUCGCAGCUUGCGCGUCUCUAUGAUGCUGCGCUUGAGCGCCUGCAGCGCAGCGACUCGGACCAAGCCUUGCGUGAAGCCGCGCUGGGCACGAUUGGCACUCUGCUGUGCUCCGCCGGUCCUGAGCUGGGCGCGCGUCUUGAGCCAGGCCUCGACGCUAUUCGGACGCGCCUUGCGAAUGAGGUGCUGCGUACUGCCUGCCUCUCAGUCGUGUUCGACGUGCUGGCAUGCGAUACGUUGCGACCGCUUCCUCUCCUGUCGGCCUUUGCACAGAGCCUGUUGGAGCCUCUCCUCAGCCUCGCGUCGGUGCCGGACAGCAACGUGAGUGUGCUAGCCCUGCGGUGCUUGUACAGCACGUUGGCCUUGCUGCGCGAGCAUGUCCCCUACGAUGGCCGCGUCGCCGUGGUCCAGCUCCUGCGCUCGGUUCCUGUGAGUGCCGAGGCGCCGACCUUGGCACCGCUCCUUGCCCUGGCGGACCUGGUGGUGCGUACAGACCCCACUCAGAGUCGCACGGUGGUCGAGAGUGUGCUCCAUGCCGUGCUUCCGCUGCUCGGCUCGCCGACGCUGCCGACGCAUACGCUCGACGUCCUCUGUGGGCUGCUUCGUUCGCUCGCAGCCGCCGAGGACAGCCUUGCACCUGCGCUCGUUUCGGCGCUGGAAAACACUUGGGAAGCGCAGUGUGCUGCACCCACGCAUGGCUCUCUCACGCCGCUGGCCUUUGCACGGUGUCUCGGCGCGGCGGCCGGCACGUCGGCCGCUCUGCCUGCCAUGUUGUCGCGCGUAACGGCGCUGCUUGCGGCACAGGACGCUGCUCCUCAGAGUCUCGGCUACUAUACGCUUGGUGUCUUGGGUCAGCAAGGCACGCUGUGUGGCUGGCCCGAAGCUCCGGUCGUCUUUUCCCAGGUGCUAGGCGCGCCCGAGAGCACCGGGCGCGCCUUUGCGCUCGGCGGCAUGGUGCUCGGCGAUGCUCAGUUCCGUGCGCCGCUUGAUGCGCGUCUGGAAGAGGACCUUGUGCCAGCGCUGCGUAUCCUGCGUGAAGCGCUUGCCAAUGCCAACGACGAGCAGCUCGAAAUGCUCACUGCCCACUACUGGCCGCGUCUUACGCUCCAUGUCCUGUCGCUGUCGCUGGACGAUGCGGGACAGGCCGUGCUUGACGUGCUGUGUGAGUGCAUUGCGCGUAUGGUCUUUAGCGACCCCCAUUCCUGCCUGCAGCAGCUUGAGGAGGAGGUUCAUUCGCACACACCCGCUGUCCGUGCCAAGGUGCUGGGCGUCGCCCGCACAGUAGUGACGCUGGACCGUGAGCAUGCACUCGAUGCGAUGCUUGCGCCCCAGCUCUGGCGCAUCCUGCAGCUCCUGGGUGAUGAGGAGCUGGAAGUGCGCCGUGGCGCCGUCAUGGCACUGCACGCAGUGGUGUACAACCGCCCCGAGCUGGUGCAAGAGCAGCUCGGCGCGCUCUUGCCCAAGCUGUAUCAGACGACUGUCGUGCGCGAGGACCUGAAGCGCAAGGUGGCUAUGGGACCCUUUACAGUGAUUACGGACGAUGGCCUCGACUUGCGCAAGAAUGCGUUCGAGACGCUUUUUACACUGCUCGAGACGUGCUUUGCAGAGAUGCAAGUGACCGACGUUUUGCGCUGUGCUGUGCAGGCGCUGCAGGACGACGACAGUGUCAAGCUGCUUGCCUGUCUGAUGAUUAUGCGCAUUGCGGAUCUUGCUCCUGAGCAGGUUUCCCCCUUCCUCGACGAGAUCAGUGCGCCGCUGCGCACGGUUCUCACGCGCAAGAUUCGCGACAAUGCUACAAAGCAGGAGGUGGAAAAGGCCAACGAGCUCACGCACGCUGCUGUGCGUGUGCUUGCCCACCUUUCGGCAGCCUGUGAGGUGUCUAUGUACCCUGACUUUUGCGAGCUGAUCGCACAGACGCAGCAGUCGCCCCACGCGCCGCUGCUGGCCAAAUUAACGGCCGCCCCAUAG